GCAGCUAUGUGUGACGAGUCUAGCUACAUUAGUAAGCCUAUUUCCACUAUACAGGAAUUGGUACACUGGGACUUCCCGUCUACAUCGAAUCUUACAAUACCUUUAAGCUAUUUCAGUGACUUUUUAAAUGACUUUGGCUUUAUUCGUAAGUCCUCUGGAUUACCUAAAGUUAUAUACUGUCAUGAUAUGGCUGGCGGUUAUCUGUCCUCUGAUCGAACAGUCAACUUCACUUGUGUUUUUCCUGCUUUUCGAUUCGUUCACUGGCACUUGGUUGACAUAUUUAUUUACUUCAGUCAUCAGUUCAUAACUAUACCGCCAGUCUCAUGGAUUAAUCUAGCACAUAGACAGGGUGUCAGUGUCUAUGGUACUGUAAUUAUGGAAUCAGUGGAGUGUGAUGGAUUCAAAUUCAUUUUUAUGGGUUCCUCGGAACAUUAUCGUGAUGUCAAUAAAAUAUCAAACUAUAAGGAUUUUGCCAUACGUUUGGAUCAAAUAAGACGAGUUGUUGGAUUUGAGGGUUGGUUUAUUAACUUUGAAAUUUCUCUACCCUGGGAAAAAAUUGCUACAAUUCGUGAUCGAAUAAAGAAAUUCCUACGAAUGCUUAGAAACCUCGGUUCUGAAGUUAUCUGGUAUGAUGCACUAACUUGGUCUGGCCACUUAAGCUUUCAGAAUGAAUUGACCGAAGAAAAUUUGCCGUAUAUGAAAGCUUCUGGAAGUGGUUUAUUUCUCAAUUAUAAUUGGAAUCCAGUUAAGUUACGACGAUCACAAGAGAUUGCUGUUAAUUCUUCAAUGUCAACAAAGGUGUUUGUCGGUAUUGAUUGUUUUGGUCGUGGUUGUAUUGGAGGCGGUGGUUUCGGUACAGUCGAAGCACUGAAAGUUGUUUUAGAUAUUAACGCUUCUAGACCCGACCGCCCAUUAUCAGUGGCUUUAUUUGCACCUGGUUGGGUGUUCGAAAAGUGCGAUUUGACAGAAGCAGCUGGUGAUCCAAUCAAAGCAUUCAGCUUAUUAGCAGAGAUGAACACAAAAUUCUGGUCAUAUUUAAGUCCAUUAAUUUGUCGUCUACGGGGUUUGAGUAGUAUUGAUAAUGUUACAAUGCUAUAUAAACCUACACUUCCCAGUCUACCCGUUAUUCAAUUACCUUGUGAUUUAUGUGAAAAAUAUGAUUCAGAUAUUUUAUUUUGCACAACAUGUUGCUCUGGUCAGGGUUUAUUACCUCCAAAGCCUUCGACGGCACAAAAUGAAAUGAAAUUACAGUACGGAAGUCAAAUGGGUCGGCAACAAAUAUUUCCAACUUGCCGUGAACUAAACAAAUCAUUGACUGAUAACGACAUGACGAAAUUUAGUUUUUCCGCUGUCCAAAUCUUGGAAACAGGUUACGAAAAAUUCACAGGAACGUGUUUAUGUAUACGUUUCGAACAAUCCGAUAUAGUAGUCGAUUUUGAGCAACAAAAAUCAAAUGAUUCACUAAUGGAGUUAUUUCUUUUUGGUCAUAAUUCAUUUAUAUCUGAUAAAGCACAAUUCAAACUAGCCAUUACUCCAUACACUUUAAAUAAGGAGACAUCUUUGCCAUCUGAACAACGUUUGGACCAUAAAAUCGGUUUAAAACUGUUUGUGGAUACAUUUCAUUUCCCGGAUAAAAAUGAUGGUGAAAUUAAUUUUAAGCGCACAUUUCUGAGAGCUGAUGAGGAAAGAAUUGAAUUGAAAAACAAUAUACCUUGGUCUUUACUUCAUUACAACGUAACUGAUCUCAUUUUUGAUCCCAAUAAAAAUAUUUCAGAGUCAGAAAGAUUUUCAAAUACAACAUCUUCAUCACAUUGUAUCCAUCUACAUCGUAUCGGUUUAACUUGGAGUUGGAAUUCGAUUUUACAUACUUAUGAUAAAUCUAUCAUGAAAUUCAAUGGUUUUCUUAUAGGUUUAAUUGAACUACGUGAUCCUCAAUGGCCAUUGGAAAAUUAUUUUGAAUAA